AUGUCACUCACAGAUAGGCUUCAAACGUAUGAGUACUCAAUAAAAACUGCAGUAUCGGCGGAACUCCAUGAUCUCAACGACCCAGAUGCGACAUACCUGGCGAGGAUUGGUAAACAGCAAGUGACAAAACGGAACUUUGGUUUGGUGAGUAUGAUUGGAUUGGCAUGCACUUUGAUGUCAACUUGGGAAGGGGUCCUCAUAGUCUUUGCACUUGGAUACGAAAAGUUAGGCAAAGUUUAA